CAGGAAUAAUGGUUUUGGUUUUUAGACGCAAUAGAGACAGUAUCACCAUUUUCGUUCUGGACAAACAAAUAAAAUUAAAAUUUUGAUACAUUAAAAUAUGGUUAGAACUUAGAAAACAAAUUUAUUUAGGUUCAUAGGCCAGUGAGUCUCUCUCUCUCUAUCUCUAAAAGAAAGAGAAGCAAAAAAGUAAGGAAUGUUUCCUCGCAAUCAUCAUCAUCAUCACCAUCUUCGUCUUCUUCUUUGAAACCUCCAGCGACUUCCUCGUAGUUCUCUCACUUAUACACUUACUAAUACAGAGUAACAGAGAGAGACAGAGUGGACUCUUCUUAGAGUAAGAUGGGAGGUGUGACUUCUUCAAUGGCGGCGAAGUUGGCGUUUUUUCCUCCGAAUCCGCCGUCGUACAAGCUGGUCAGAGAUGAAACAACGGAGCUUUUUCUAAUGAGCCCUUUUCCCCAUCGAGAAAAUGUCGACAUUUUGCGGCUGCCCACGCGCCGAGGCACCGAAAUCGUGGCCAUGUACAUCAGAUACCCAAUGGCCGUCACCACCCUUCUCUACUCUCAUGGAAAUGCUGCCGACAUCGGUCAGAUGUAUGAGCUCUUCAUCGAGCUCAGUAUUCACCUCCGCGUCAAUUUGAUGGGGUAUGACUAUUCAGGGUAUGGCCAAUCAUCAGGGAAGCCCACAGAACAAAACACUUAUGCUGAUAUCGAGGCUGCUUACAAAUGUCUGGAAGAGAAUUAUGGGGCUAAGCAGGAGAACAUUAUUCUCUAUGGUCAAUCUGUUGGUAGUGGUCCAACCGUGGACCUAGCUGCUCGUUUGCCUCGACUAAGAGCUUCCAUUCUUCAUAGUCCAAUUCUUUCUGGGCUUAGAGUUAUGUAUCCCGUUAAGCGAACUUAUUGGUUUGACAUAUACAAGAACAUUGACAAAAUUACGCUGGUGAGGUGUCCUGUCCUCGUGAUUCAUGGAACAGCGGAUGAUGUGGUUGACUUCUCUCAUGGGAAGCAGCUUUGGGAACUCUGCCAAGAGAAAUAUGAACCGCUAUGGCUCAAAGGUGGAAACCAUUGUGAUCUUGAACUCUUUCCCGAAUACAUAGGCCAUCUCAAGAAGUUUGUGAGCGCUGUGGAGAAAUCUGCAUCGAAAAGAAACAGUUCUUUCUCAAGAAGAAGCAUGGAAGGGUGUGAACAACCUCCUCGUCAUAGUGUAGAUGCUCCAAGGAAGAGUAAGGACGGACGAGAAAAACCGAGGAAAAGCAUAGACAGACUAAGGUUCCAGGGAUACAAGUUGAGCCACAUAGAGAAACCGGAGAAGCUGAAGGUUCCAUUUGAAGAAAUGGAGAGGUCAAGGAGAAGCGUGGACAUAUACAGAGAUAAGUCUCAGCCGAUGGAGAGAGCACGUAAGAGUGUGGAUUGGUUGGACAGAAGUCGAGCUACCGAAUGAAAAUGGAGGGUUUGAUGUCAAAAGAUUGUAUUUGAGUGUCGUUCAAUUUAUUGGGGUAUGUGUUUGUAUUGUAGUUUGUAUGCCAAGUUAAAAUACAACAGGAAGAUAGAUUUAAACAAAGUAUGAUAACUUGUCUGACUGUUUCCCACACGACACUUUUGACUGGUUUUUAGUUUAUUUGACAAGAUUCGUGUGCUGUCGUCUUGCUGUUGUUGUUGUUCAUGUGCAAACUUGAAGUGUAAUAGCCUG